AAAUUCUUCUUAACUAUUUUAUUUGAGUGAAUAAUUGAUACUUGUCUAUUGAGAGUGGAGAAAAUUAAGGAAGACAUGAUAGCUAGUUUUGAUAUUCCAACAAUUGAUGUUUCUCCGUUUUAUAGAUCAGAGGGAAAUGAAGAAGGGAAAAAGAAGGCUUUUGAGCAAAUGAAAGAAGCUUGUAUUAACUAUGGUUUCUUCCAGAUUGCGAAUCACGAAAUUCCUUUGGAGUUGUUGAGCAGAACGAUGGAUAUGUAUAAGACUUUUUUUGCUUCUUCAGAUGAAGAAAAACUGUUGGUACCUAAUAAUUAUUUCAAAAGCACACAGAAUCCAGCUGAGACUUAUGAGCAUUUUGUGUUUCGUCUUUCAUCCUCUGUCGUCAAUGUCUGCCCCAAAAAUCCACCUCAUUUCAAGGAAUUAUUGGAGGAGAUGGCUUCGCAUUUCAAAAAAUUAGGAGUUGUGUUGGAAGGAAUCAUAAGUGAGUGUGUGGGGCUCCCUCCUAACUUCCUAACAAACUAUAAAAAUGAUGAGUCUCGGGAUACCUUGAUCGGCCUCCACUACUUUCCAGCUACAGAAAACGACAACACAGGAAAAACUGCACACGAAGAUCCUGGCUGCUUCACCGUUGUCUACCAGGAUGAAAUCGGAGGCCUUGAGGUGCACAAAGAUGACCAGUGGAUACCCAUAGCGCCUUCCAAAGACAAACUAGUUGUUAACAUUGGAGAUGUUAUUCAGGUGCUAAGCAACAAUAGAUUCAAGAGUGCAACUCACAGAGUGGUGAGACCAAGAGAAGCAAACCGUUACUCGUGCACUUUCUUCUAUAACGUGCAAGGAGACAAGUGGGUUGAGCCAUUACCACAGUUUACAGAGGAAAUUGGAGAGUCGCCCAAGUACAGAGGAUUCCUCUUCGGAGAAUAUAUGCAGUUGAGAAUCAAAAACAUGACUCAUCCACCAGCUAGACCUCAAGAUCUCAUCCAUAUAACACACUACUCAAUUUCUAUGUCAUGAAAUGUUUUCUCUUUAUAUGGCAAGAAACAUAGCAAGAAAAAUAAUAUGUGUAUGCAGUUGUUGUUUUCUUUCUUUCUUUCUUUUUUUCU